AUGAGGAAAGUGAAUCGAGAUAGUAUCACCGUGAAGGGAGUAUUUAAUGCAAAUGAACAAGGUGAUGUUAUGGAUGCUUUUCUCACUCAUGCUUGCAACGAGAUUACAAACAUGGGGAAAAAUCUUCUUCAAAUGGCGAUUAAUUUUAAAUCAAUUACAGCAAAACGCGAACUAAGAAACUAUACAGAACAAUUUAUCAAAUUAUUAUCUGAAUUUCCGCCAAAUAACACUGCUUUUUCGAUGCUAUUGCAAACAUUUUCGUCACUUGCUAUCACAGAUGCGCCUAAAACAAUCAAAACAUUAGAUAAUUUCUUUCCUCAGAUAUUCGGCAUCGACCAAAAGCACGAAAAGAAUCAAAAGUCAAUACUAAACUUUUAUCCUCCACUUUCUCAAGAAUUAGAUUACGUGGGGUUGUUUGUAGGAUACGUUAGUGAAGUAGCUUAUACGUAUUUACUUCAAUCAUUACUCGAAAAUAUCACGUUUAUUGAUGAGGAUGCCGUUACACAAAUUCUUUCUCGAAUAUUUAAUAUAGCAAAUACGCCAGUUGUCACACAAUUUCAACAAUCAGUCAUUUUGAUAUGUCUCGACAAAUACAAAACCGUUAUGAAACGUAUUACACAGCUAAGUUUUUCAAUAUUUGCGAACAUUUUAACAAAAACAUUUCCAACAAAGAAAUCUACACCUCAAUACACCACAUUUUACAUAACAUCUCUUACAGGUAUCUCAUUUGCCGAUCAUAACUACCAAGAAAUAAAAUCUUGUUUUGAUAUCAUUCCUAAAUUGAUGACAGCCAAUAUAAACAACGGUUCUGUUAUUGAUGCAAUAUGUCAAUCACUUUGUUCCAUCAUAACUAACAUGAAAAACGUCCAAACAGGUCAAUUUCUUUCAAGAUUAGAAAGAAGAGCCCAAAAAUGUCUUGCGGACAAAGUUGCCUGGGCAAGCACACUCAAAUUAAUCGGUGUAAUCCAUUAUUUGAAUCCUUUACCGUUAACUCCGAACUACACGAAAUUUCUUGAAAGAUUUGUUUUCAAAAGAUUGGUAAAACCCCAUAAAAUCGAUGCAGCACUCGAUUACAUCAUUGCCACACUCAAUCCCAAUGAAUGUGGAUAUAACUGGUCCCCGCAAACAUCAGAUUACAUCAAAUUAAUUUAUCAAAAAGUUUUUUCUGUUUCUUUACGCGGCCACGAACUAAAAGCUGCGACAAUCCUUGAAUCAAUAGCUGCAUUGGACUUGCCAACAUUCAUUAAUGAACGUAUCCCUGAGUUACUCAUUAAUUCUGACCAAUAUUCUGCUGUUGUAAUGAUUACUUUUCAAAGAAUUUUGAAUCCUUUGUCACUUUUUCAAGAAUUUGCCAAAGUUAUUCCAACUAAUGCAGCAACAGGAAUACACAGACAUAUACAAUUGAUUCAUGACAUACUUCAAGAAUACGUAACAAAAAGAUUUGCUGAUGUUUCGUUCGAACAAUCGAAUUUUAUUUUGAAUUUACAGAAUAUCAAUGAUAUUUUGAUGGAUAUUGACUUACCUAAUAACUUGAACAAGACGAAAACAGAGCCCCUAUCUAAUCUAAGUCUCUACUAUCUCUUGAAUUGGAGAAAAUAUUCGCCAAUUAAUAAUUUAUCUCAAUCCCAAAAAAGUGACAUUGAUAAUGCGACAAAAAAGUGUCAAAUCAUUAUGGAGCAAUGGAUGAAAACAUUUGAUACACCGCAUAAUUCAUUUGGUGACUUAAUGGAGACAGAGAAUUCCCCUUUUCUUGAAGAAAUUCCGUUUUCUGAAUCGAUAGAAAUCAAUAUUUUGCCAUUGAUUCCAAUUUUACUUCAUUACAAAACGAAGAUAGAAAACAUCAUGCUUCCUAUAUUUACUUUGAUGAUUUCUAGUGAUGCUUAUAUUGCUGCUUUAGCAAAUGUCAUUUACCAAUUGAUUUUCUUGACUUUUCCUGGUUCUUCCAAUUAUUUGAUUUCAGAACUAUGUUCUUUUAUUCAGAGAAUAACAAGUGUCAGUGUUUAUCCUUUGCAUCAACUGAUACAAACUUAUUAUAUUUGUUUGGCAAUGUGCAAAAACAAAAUUGCUGAUUUCGAUGAGAAAAAUUUGCUUGGAUUAGGUUUGAUUUCUUUUACUUCUCUUUGUUCUCCAUUCCCUGAAACACAUCUAAUUGGUUUCCAAUUGAUUGAUCUCUACAAGAUUUUGUAUCAUUUGAUUUCCGAUGAAAAUUCAAAUGAAAAAAUCUUUUCAGAAUUUUUUGAAGAAAAAUCUUCUCAAAUUGAAUCGAAAAUGAUCGUAACGAUUAUUUCUGAAUAUUCAACAUGGUCUGAAUCAACAUGUCCUGUCCACAGGAUGCCAACUAUUUCAUUGAAGUUGGCUGCGUUGAGUAGAUAUUCGUUACUCUGGAGAUUCGCACUCAAUAAAAUAACAAUUGAAAUGAUGAAUUAUCCAUUAACUCAUUUUCUCUUAAUUUUGAGAAAAUCUUUCCUCAAAUUAGGAAAAGUAUUGGAUAAUAUCCAGAACCUGUCCAAAUUCGACAUUGCAUUGAUCUCUAACAUCUUCACUUUUCUUUUUGCAACUUCAUCUCAACCUCCAGAUAAAAGUGACAUGAAAUACAAAAAACUAUGGAACAAACAAGCAGAAGAAAUCAAUGUUUUAGUUGAUACUUCCACUAAAUCAACGACAUAUCUUGAAAAAGAUGAUUUAAAGAUAUUUUCUUUUGUCUUUACAUCAUUAAACAUUGUUGCUUUAGCGAAAGCAAUAACUAGUUUCAUGAAUACUUUGCAAAGCAAGCAAAUUAAACUGCAACACAAAGAAUCUACUUUGUCUGUUUUCGCGACAAUGCUGAGACAUGUAUCAAUGCAGUCCAAUUUCGAUGAUUACGCUGCUGAAAUGCUAGCAACAAAACAAAUUGAUGAAAUUUUGUCAAUUUUUGACACUUCACUUCACAUCUUUUUAAAUAUUGAAGGUGUUGAACAUUACAGACAAUUAUUCCACAGUUUGGAACAAUUCAGUCAUUUCUUGGUGUUUAGAGGCCAAUAUUUCGGAUUUUUGCAUCAAAGUAAACUUGAAAAAAGUCAUUGUCCUAUUCCUCGAUGUAGCCAAACAAUGAAUGUCAAUGACAACGAGAUCUCUCCGAGAUUCAAUAUACAAGACUUGUUCAAUCUUUUAUUCAAGUGGUCUUUGAUUGACAUCGAGAAAAAUUCUGAUUUGGAAGCCGCAAAAAUUUUGGAAUCAAAUCCUCCGUCAGAAAACCAAAUAAACGGUUUUUGUCAUGCGGUUAGAGUUUGUCUAUCGUUCAUGACACCCAUCAAGACUAUAUUUGAUUCCAACAAGUUUAUUACCGACUCAUUUUUGUCGAAAUGUGCAAUAAUCGCGAAGAAAAAACCUGUUUUCCUCAAACAUCUUUUAUCAAAACAAAUGUCACUUUUAUUGAUUCCUUAUACUGAAAAAGCACUUAAAAGUGAUUUAGAAACAGGUACAUUAUUCUUCAAUUCGAUUACUGCGCAGUUUAUACCAACAAAUGUCCAAGAUUCGAUGAUUUAUUCCCAUAAUACUUUCAUUAAAAACAUGUCAACAACAACUCCAGGAAAAUUGACACAAUUUGACAUUGAUUUUAUCCAAUUAAUUUACAAAGAGACAGGAACUCUUUUACUUCUUGAUCUCUUGUAUUUAAUGCACAGCGAUGUCACUGUUCGUCAAAACGCCAUGAGGAUGUUAGGACAAGUUUUUCCUGUCAUUGGAUUAAUUCAUUAUAAAGGUGAAUCAGAAAAAGUUUCACAUUUUAUGACAGUUGUUUCUAAAAUGGUGAAUACUGUUAGUACUGAAAACAACACAUUGAGAAUAGAAAAUGCUGUUGACAUGAGUAAAUGCUGUUCUGUUUGUUUCAACUUUGCAACAGAACAAUUUCUUUCUCGAGCGUUCCAAAGUCUUCCAAAUACUCCUUUGUCGAGAAGAUCUUGUUCUAGAGAACAACUCUUGAGUAUUAUACAGCCUUGGAUGACUGGUAUUGUCUUUGAUCUAAAGAACAAAACAAUACUUAAAGAGAGUAAUCGAUAUUUCGUUUACUUUUCACCUUAUUCUUUCGUUAAUGACUUGAUUUCUUGUAAUUUACAUGUUUCUCCUUACACAAGUUUGUUGCCUCUUUGGCAGAACUUGAUUGAAGAAAGUCCAAGUCCUUCAAACAACGCGAAAUUCUUGACAAUCACUUUGAUUGAUAUAGCAAUUUCGCACCAAGAAACAAGGAAGUUAAUCAUUUUCUUGUUGACUUAUAUUUAUCGUCUCCAGCCACAAACGAUAAAUAUUUUAGUCAAUUUGUUGAAUUACAGUUCUUGGUAUUUUUACAACGUCCAACUCGGAAAAUACGAAAUUGUUUACGACAUGAACAACUUCUUCGAGCAGAAUGAGAAGCCAAAGAAAUUAAAGAAACACAAGAAAUCAAAAGAUAGUGAAGAUAAUGAAAAGAAAAAGAAAAAACAUAAAAAAGAAAAAGAAAAUUUGGAAAAAAUUUCUCAAAAAAGUGACACUUACGACGAAAGUGUUAAAUUUGCAUUGCAAGCGUUGAAAGAACUAGCCAAAGAAGAUAUACUACCAUUCAUUGACGAGUUCAAUGUCAUUAUUUCGUUCUGUUUGACUCAUAUUCACAUGAAAGAUGCUUUUGAUCUUUUAUCACAAUUAGCCAGCGGAUUAAACGACAGUUUUUCAGCUGGUUCUCCAGAAUGUCUCUGGAAUCUAUGUGAAUUGUUAACGAGAAUCAAUUCCGUGCAGUUCGACGUGUUGAGGUUCGUUCCUUCUGAUGAUGACACUCCUUUAAGAGCUCUUCAAAAAAGAGUUGUUUCAAUUUCGGAUUUAUUGAAUUUGUUCAUCAAAAUUUACAAUUUCAUUCCAACAAACAAUGACGAGAAUCUCCAGAAUUUCUUCCUUUUGUGGGGUCUCUCUUGUGGUGAUUUACAAACCGCUGCAACCGCUUUAAACCUCUAUUCAUCGGCUUAUACGUUAAACGACGAUUAUUCCAUCAAACAAAUAAUUGAAAGCAUUUCUAUCGUCGUAAAUUGUUUAGUUUACAGCGAUUUAUCAGACGAACUUGUUGAACACUUCUCUGAUUAUAUAUGCGCUGUUUUCAGGUGUAUUUCCGUGACAAUUUCGAAGAAUCAAAAAGAUUUUUCGAUACCAAUUGAAUUGUUUUUGUUACCUUUGGCUGUUUUGGGUUUGGAAGGCGUAACUUUCCAGAAAAUUGUUGAUGAUUCGCUGUCGUUAAUCAUUGUUCUAAUCCAAAAUGGUUUGUUCGAUAAAAAGAACAAAAAUAAUUUCAAUGAUGAAGCGGUUUUGUCACUUUUCCAAGAAUGUGAUGUUGAAUUUGAUGAUUUCAAGAAUUUGACGAAGAAAAUACUUGUUAAAUCCAAGAAUACACAGAAAAUCAUUGACUUUUUAUGUCAAAUUCCGAAAUUACCCAAAGAAUUACUUUCGAAAGAUGAUGAUUAUUCUUUGUAUGUAAUUGCUUUUUCUCCAUUUAUGUGUUGUUCCAUUGAAGAUCCUCUUUUGUUUGCGAAACUCUGUGAUUAUUCAUUGUUCUUGGAAGCUGUUCAAAGUAUCACGAAGUUGUUGAAUCCUGAUGAUAAUCUUUCUAAGAUUUUAUUGUCAUUUUGCAAAGGACAAAUAACAAAUCCUCAAAAAUUCGCAACAAAUUUGAUCAAAAAUCUUAAUUGUGAAGAUGUUUUGUUCUUGGAUGCAGCGGAAAUAUUCGCGACAACAGUUAAAUGGACACCGAAUAUCUCUAUUAACUGUAUUUACGAUUUAUGCGCAAGUAUAAUGACAUUUAAACCAAAUGCGAAUAAUUUUUACGCUUUGUUGAGUUUCACUAAUGAAGCGACAAUCAACCAAUUCUUGGGUGAUUUCAGCAGGAAAGUCAACUUUUUGCAGGCAACAACAACAUUCUCUGAACAGAACAAGAUCCAGAUUGUUCAAUCAAAUGAUAAUGAAAGAGAAAAGUUCAACAUGAGUUGGAUAAAUUUGUUUAAUUAUUUGUAUGAAAAAGAAAACGAAAAUUUGCAUCAAAUUCUCAAAAACACUAAAGAAUUGAUUCAAAUUCGUUUCGACCAUAUUGAGAAAUAUCCACCGAUGUUUCCUAUCGAUAAAGGACUUAAAAUCAAUGACGUUGUUGAAGAAUUAUCUCUGAUGUGCAAACAGUUACAAGUAAAUCCACAAACAAACUGGGCUGUUUCCAUUUACUUGAGUCAGGAUUUCACUGAUGAUAAAUGCGACAUUGACGAAAAUCCUCCACUUGAUUAUUCUAUUAAUUACGAAGAAAUGCUCGAGAGCAUCAUUGAGAAAAUAAAUCCUGAUAUUGAAGAAGAAAAUUUGAAAAAAGUUGAUGAAGAAAAAGAAGAAAUUAAAGCAAAAACAUCGGAUUUGCCGAAGAACAUCGUUACUACAUGUGAAAAUGAGAUCUUUGUGAUGCAAAGUAAUGCAUUCCUCCCACUGCAAUCGAAACUAGAUGAAAUAGUUUCAAAAAUUUUACAAAAAAACUAA